GUAACUUUCAUUAUUUUUUAAGAUAUCAAAAUGAAUAUACAGUAUGUAUGUCAGUGUUUUCUGUUUAAUUCGAUCUUUGUAGUAUACGCCAUUAAAAAUGGACGUGAACCAUCCGUGGGAAAGUAUCCUCACCUAUUAUCUCUACAAGAGGAAGUAUUCCUGGUCAAUUCGCUGCAUGUUUGUUCCGCAGUUCUCAUCCAUCCUCAAUGGGCGCUUAGUUCGGCACAUUGCUUUAGAGAAAGUGAGUCUAAUAUGUAUCAUGUAAUGAGUGGGGUACAUCAACUACUGGAUAAUCUUGGUGAAGAAUGGGAGCAGGAUAUAGAGGUGUCCAACUACACGCUGCACAAAGACUACAUUGGAGGUGGUGCGAACAAUCACGACAUUGCAAUAAUCCGAUUAGCCAUUCCUGCACGUAUUGAUAAUUAUACCACCCCUGUUGUGCUACCCCCACUUGGGACCAGCGAACAAUACGUUGGACGCAAUUGUAGCAUGGUUGGUUGGGGUGAUGGAGAUAACGGUGCUACUGGGCUGAUACACGAGGGAUACUCUGCACCAAUGACUAGCCAGCAAUGUGACCAACAGUGGACCAAUUUGAAUAUAAGGGAGUGGCAUCUUUGCACGGGAGGAGAUAACACGACUGCAUAUCCAUGUUCAGGAGAUGGUGGGAGUCCUUUGACUUGCCCAGAUGAUAGUGGAAAUCUCGUUCUCGCAGGACUUGGGUCAUUUACCCCAUACCCAUGUAGCUUCUACCCACCUGCUGUGUUUACUAGGAUCACAUAUUACAGAGAUUGGAUAUGUGAUGUUACAUAUCGGGAUGUAUGUUGAACAUUGAACAUUAGGCAUUAAAACAAUGUAAUUUCAGAUGAAAUUGAUGAUGAAUAAACAUAGACUGUUUGCGGAAAUAUUUGUCUGCCAUAGACUGGCCAA